AUUCAUCUCAGUUCUGGUGGUCCGGAUCACAUUGACGUCCAACGUCGUAUUCGAUUUUUCGCCGGGCAUUUGCCGCUUUGGGUACUAUGGGUGGCCAGCAAAGUAGUGCCAAAAGUGAUGGAAGUGCUGCUUCAAAACAUGCUACUGGCGACUGCUCAUUAUUUAGCGCAGCUUCUCCUUGAUUUCCAUCGCUUUAGCUCAUAG